AACAAGUUGAAAGUUGUAGAAAGAAUCAACGAUAUCCUUGUAUUUCUUACCUUUGAAAGCAUCAUUAAAUUCUACGAUAUUCGGUAUCUAGAGUAUCGUUAGGUUUAUUGGGAAGGCGUAAGAAAGGACGAGGAGAGUCAACUAGUCGUUCGAUAGACGGUAGAUAGUGGUCGAAUGGAUAGUACUGUUUGCAUCGAUGGACGAUGGAGAAGGAAUAAUACUUGCGACGAACAGCAGUGUUGCUACUAAUAUAGCUGCCAGUGAUAUAUGAACGCGUAUGUAAAUUUACGCGCAUAUGCUGUUAUGCUGUUCCUCGUGUCCGAAUGUAUUGCGUCGUUAAUGCUGUUAUCUUGAUUUCUUAUUUUCGAUUCUAUUCGAUAAUCGGCAACUGCAUUGUUUACAUCGUGGUCCGGAUAUUCGUUGGAUGAUCGGUGGUCGUCGCGAGAGGCAGGAAGGAUCGCGCGCGCGCGAAAGGAUGGCCGAUUUGAUCUGUUUCUUGCUAGCAAUGUUCGGGCAAUUGCUCGUUCGCGAGAGCAAGGGUAGUCUCCUUGGCGUAGAGCUCGAUGAAACUGGUGAAAAAUUUCUCAACGAGUAUUUGUCUCUCGAUGAUGGCAAGCAUCUCGCCGAGUUACAGGAGUUUGAAGAUACAGCGAUCGAACUCGAUUUGAUCGAUCAGAAAAAGAAACAUCGACCGAUGUUACAUCAGCAGCCGAGGGUGCUCUACCAAAUCGGGGACAGCGAAGACGAAUUGCCCGAGUGUUUGGACCGAAGCGAAGUUUGUAGCAAGGUGGAUUUAUACGGAUCGCCGUGGGUCGAGAGACAAUGUCGUUGCCCGGAUGGUCGUACCUGCCCUAGCAGUUUGCACGGAGACGACGGACACACGAUAGUCGAUAAAACACGGCAGUACAAGCUUUGCGAGCCGGUGAAACGUCUGCCCAUCUGUCGUUACUUCAAAGACGUCACCUGGACUUUAGCUCCUGGAGGGGGCCCAGCGAACGCGACGGUUCAGCGAGUUUAUUGCCGAUGUCGGCCAGGCAGCGUACCUUAUCUAGUUCGAAGGCAGGCUUACAGGUCUGCGGAGGGAAGCCCAGGUUUUAUAUACGCAUUCGCCUGUUCUCCGCAAAGCAGACUACGUUGUCAGCACAAGGAGCCUUGCCGACUGUUCACCGUACGUAAGAGACGGAGCUCGCAACUCGAAGAGGUAAAUGCAUCGCCUCUUUGCCAGUGUCCAAAAGGUCAUCGAUGUCCAAGGAGACACACCGAUCCAGGAUCGCUGCCAGCAAGAUCUUACUCCGGUAUCUUGGAGAUUAAAACGUACAGCGGAUACUGCGUACCUUCGCAAUCGCAUCAUUCCGAAGCGGUUUAUAACGUGUGACUAGCAGCAGUUUCAAAGGUGGUGUCGCGCUAACCAGCAUUUCCACUCGCUUGUAUUACGAAAUAAGGGAAAAGUUGAAUUUGUGAUAUACGCGGCCGUAUGUGCAUAGUCGAAUUCAAAAACUUUCAAAGCGUUCUCUAGACUCUAAUGAGCACGAACAGAAGCCGAUCUUUGCUUCGAGGCACCGAUAAAACUAUUACUAGGUAAAAUUGCUAGUGGUCGCCUCGACUGAUUUCCGUUCGUUCGGAGUUUUAAAUGUAAGUUUACCGUCCAUUCGUAGAAACCUAUGAAACGUAUUAAAAACUGAAACAUGUAACACGUACUAGUAGUAGUAGUAGUACUAGUAAUAGAAGUAGUAGCAGUACUAGUAGUAGUAGCAGCAGCAGCAGCAGCAGCAGCAGCAGCAGCAGCAGCAGCAGCAGCAGCAGCAGCAGCAGUAGCAGUAGCAGUAGCAGUGGCAGUAGCAGUAAUUCUCCCCGCGUGCGUUGUACAUCCAACUAUCACGUUUCAGUAAUUUCGAUUUGUUUCGUUUCGGAGAUCGAUGGGGAAUAAAAUAUAUUAAAACUGAUAAAUAUUAGAUAAAAUUGGUAUUCGGUGUCGAUAGCAAAUGUUCGUUAUACAUAUUUGUAUCGAAUUGUAUAGGAUCGUACGUAACGUAUAUACCUGCAUACGUAUACAUAUACUCGAACUAAACGCGUUACUUUUAAUGCUUUUACGAACGAUGUUAUCUGUGAAAAAAUUGUAUUUCGUAUUAUUAUACUUGUAUUAUCACGUAAUAACGCUUUUGUAAAUAUUUAAUUAUUAACAAAAAUUGAAAUAAACAAAUUGCAUUAUCA